UGGAGGCUACGACUUGUCAUUCUGACGCUGUCCUCCGCUUCAACAGCACCUCUAGCUCACAACAUGGGGUGUUGAGAGGAAAGUUCCUUUUUUUUGGACUUUUCGGCCAAUCACUGCACGGAAAAGUGAAUUGAGCCAAUAGCAACGCUGAAAGAGCUGAACCCGGAAGUUAACACUUUGGUAUGAACGAGAAAGCCGAAUAGCUAGCUAAGUGUAGGGAUAGCUUUAUGUUACUCAUAGUUUUGCGUGAUGUUGAGUUUAUCUACUUUAUUAAACUGAUAUUUUACUACGGCCCUGACCGCUAUGCUUCUGUUUUUUAAAUAAAGGUGCAUCUGCAUUUCCCGCUUCCUCCUCUUCACUCCACCGCACUCUGGCACGUUUGGAAGCAGAGCUGCGAUGGCCAAGUGGCUGAAGGACUACCUGAGCUUUGGCAGCAGAAAGGUGCCUCCACAGCCUCCCACACCAGACUACACAGAGAGCGAGAUCCUUAAAGCCUACCGGCUUCAGAGGGACCUGGACUUUGAAGACCCCUAUGAGGACUCUGAAAACAGGUCCAGGGGUGAGUCUGGGACUUCUGACCCCGCCACACCUGUGUACGGGUCUCCCAUGAAGUCAUCCAGUGUGGACAUGAAAUCACCCAAACACAGACUGAUCAAAGUGGACUCCCAGGAGCUGGGUCGCACCAAAAUUCUUCUGAGUGCCAUCUCUUUAGAGGACCAGCACGAGCCUGUGGUGCCGUCUGCUCCACUGGCAGGCGACACAGAUUAUUCGGACCCUUUUGAUAUGCGCUUGGACAACAGGCCAGAACCAGAUCUCGGACCUGUACCAUGCGAGAAUAACGGCUACAUGGAACCCUAUGAGGCCCAGCGGGUUAUAACAGAGCUGCAGCGUGGCCCGGGAGGAGGACGACUGCGUCCUGGCGUGCAGCUCUAUGACACCCCCUACGAAGACGAGCGAGGCCAGCGCCUGGGUGUGUUGUAUGGAGAACCUCAGGAGGAGGGCAAGGAGAGCAGCAGAUUGCCUCAGGAUGAUGAGAGACCAGCUGAUGAGUAUGACCAACCCUGGGAGUGGAAAAAAGAUCACAUCUCCAAAGCAUUUGCAGAAAUGAGGGAGUUGUCGGAGUUACCCUGGCCUGCCCCAGUGGGUCAGCUGGAGGAGGAGCCCCCCAUCAGAGAGCAAGUGCAGUUUGAUGGCGCAGAGUGGGACCGGUCCUCGUCCCCCACAGAGAGGUUGCGUCCACCAGGACCAAGAUCCAGCCCGCUAGCGGGAGGAGGGGUUAAGUUUCGAAUGCCACAGGAAGGCCUCUCCAUGGUGGGGGAGAGAGUGGACCCUACUCUGCCUUUGGAGAAGCAGGUAUGGUACCAUGGUUCACUUUCACGUUCAGAAGCAGAGUCGUUGUUAACGCUGUGUAAAGAGUGCAGCUACUUGGUGAGGAACAGUCAGACCAACCGCUCUGACUACUCCUUGUCUUUACGGAGCUGCCAGGGCUUCAUGCACAUGAAGUUCACCCAGUGUAAAGAUGGCAAAUAUGUGCUGGGACAGAACAGCCCUCCUUUCGACACCAUCCCAGAAGUCAUCCACUUCUACACCACGCACAAGCUCCCGAUUCGAGGUGCUGAGCAUUUAUCCCUGCUGUUCCCCGUGCUGGUGCAGACGCUCUGACUGACCCUGACUCUGACUCUGACACUGAGUUCAUAAAACUUGAAUGUUUGAUGGAGUGCCACUUCUCUCUUCUUGCUGGACUGGACUGCUUUUGGUGAUUCAACACAUUAGGGGCUGAUGCCCUCACCCAUCACUGCUGUUUGUACCUGUGCCAAGUGUCUCUAACAUCCAGAGCAUCGAUUCACAUGAAAUGCAAUACAUGAACUUUUGACCACUUUUGCUGUAACUCCUCUCAUUUCCUUGCUGAACUAAACGGGCCAAGCUCGGGACAUCUGAAGUUGCAGGGCUGAAGCUGGGAGAAAGUCUUUGUAUUCUGAAUGUACUGAUGCCCCAGUUUACAAAAGACCUGCAAAUGACUUUUAUUUAAUUACUGCUGUUUCACAAAAAACCCACCUCAUUCACACUGGUCAAAAAAGGUAUUGCUGUAGAUGAAAACCAUAUAUUUUGAUGAAUUUUCAGGUAAUAAGUUAAAUAGUACUGUGUAAAAUGAGAAGCAUUUUUCAUCCUUUUGUAAAUGUUGGAAAAUUCACAAAAAGGUUUUUACCAACAGCAGUAACAUUUCACAUGCUUUUCUACAGCCACACCUGUUAAUUUUGACACAGUCUUAGCACUGUGUGAUGAGGAUUUGCUUGGCAUUUCUCCCUGUUACUUGUUGAUUGUUCAUUGUAAACAACAGAGAAGCUGCUGUGUUGUAUUGGUACUUGUUGACCUGGCUGACCUGUAUCUCUUGCCGGUUACCUGCAUUGUAUCUGGUAGACAAUGCUGGGUUUGUGAAAAGCAACCUGUCACUGCUGUUAUUGUCUUUUCACUGACAUAAAGCUAAGCUUGAAGGCUGUGCUGGAGGCUACAUCUGAAGCAAGGAGAUGCUAAUCAGGAAAUGCUAGACACUCAAACUCUCAAACUUUGUCACUGUUGGCCACAUUUUCACACUUCCUACAUAUUUUCAUCUGGCCAAGUCAUAACAUGCUGGUUGGUGAGUUGUAUUUGAGUUAAAUGCUUGCCAUCUGGAAUGAGUUCCCAUGUCUGCUGGCCGGUUGCGGCAUCAUGUGGCAAAAACUGAUUUCAGAGGAGUGCCAACUUCUACUCAUUUAUGACCAUUGGAAAUGACAAAUGGAAGAAUUAUUUAAAUCCUUAUUUCUUUUUCCAAAAGUCUAUAUUUACUGGGUUGUAACAAUUGUUAUUGUCGUGGGCAUUUUCUGUCACUAGUAAAAGAUGAUGGGACCUGUAAUUUACCUGCUGUGUUGAAGCAUCUCACAUGUAUUCAAAUUGUUUCUGAAAAGUGUUGAUUCUAUACAUAUAGAUCUUUAUGUCGCUCAGUGGAUCCCAUUCUGGGGUUUGGAACCCCCAUGAGGGAUUUGGAGAUGAAUCCUGGUAGGAAAAGCUAAAUUCUUCUACACAAAGUCAUAUUUCACACUGUUCAGUGAAUCACAGAGUCAACUGUUGUCUUUCUCUAAGCUAAAUUUACACAUUUGCAAAUGGACCCAUAGCACUCUCAAGCAUGAGAUGCGCAUAUGAGCAAUGAACAAAAGGCUUGUAGGAUUUUUAUCCAGUUUCUGCGAGUCACUUUAUCAAACGUAAACAUUGUCCUGUAUAUGUGUGCGAAAAACUGCUUCUUAAUGGAUAAUAAGGUGGUUUGAGCCUCAUUUUCUGUCCUUGGACGCGACGAGGUGCCAGACUUGCAGUCUGUAGUUGCUGACACGUGAUGCACAUACAGAAAGUGAUCUGAGUGAGAAUCUGCUUGUGUGCUGACAUAUGGAAGCCAAUUACAUGAGUGCUUGACCUGUGGUUACAAAAACAUAAUGAAUUGUGGUAUUUCACAGUACAUAGUGCAAAGCUACCUCAGAAAAUAUCCAUUACACUACUUCUGUCUGACUUAUGUUCAUCUCUUAUGUUCUGAUCACGUUAUUAAAGGGUCACCCACAGUGAA